UCGGGGUGGGGGGGUCGCGGUGGGAGGCGCUGCUGGUGCCCCGUGAGGGCCGGGCCGGAGCUCCGGGCCGGGGACCCACGAUCCGGGACGCAGCGCUGCUCCCGGCCCCGUAAGCAGCGGCCGCUGCCUCCGCUGCACUGCCCUGUGCGAGCGGAGCCGGCGGUGAGGCCUGGCCGGGCUGGGGCGGCCCGCAGGCCCGGUUCCGUCAGAGCGGCCGGGCCGUUGGGACAGGGCUGGCAGGAGCGGUCCCUGCCGGAGUGCUGCAGCACGGACCGCAACCGCGGGCUUGUGACGGGCACUUCGGCACAGGACAGCGAUCCCUUACACCGACGGGUUUUAAACAUAAAUAUUUACGUGCUGGUGGCAAUGCCUGGGCUCCUCUCCACCACAGCCAGGGUCAGCCUGCUGGUGCUGCUGGGUUCCCUGCUCUUCUCCUGCUCCAGCCUGAGCCACAGAGCGCCCGAGUUUGCCCUUACAAAAAUAGAAGAGAGCGACAUCAAAGAUGCCAGUGGGAAGGAGCCGGUGACAGAGGAUGACGCUGAUCCCGAGGACCUGGAAGUGUUUCACCCCACGGAUCAGUGGCAAACCCUGCGUGCAGGUCAGGCUGUUCCUGCAGGGUCACACGUGAGACUGAACCUGCAGACAGGAGAGAGAGAAGCCAAGCUCCCAGACAGAGAAAAUGGGCAAAGUGACUCAAGAGAAGAGAGAAGAAGGAGAAGGCUGGGCAAGGUCGAUGUCGAUGCAAAUUCAUUCACAUCCGAGGAGCUCAAAAAGGCCCUGGCUAAAAUGAAGGCAAGUGAAAAGGCAGAAAGGAAGGCCCGGGAGGAAGAGGUGAGGAAGAAGUUCCGGCCCAUAGAGCAGCUGAAGGAAGAGUUUGAAAAGCUGAACAUGAAGAUAGAAACAGAUUAUGAAAUUAUGGUUAAAUUAAUCAGCAAAUUCAACAGCUCUGCCUCCACGCUGGAUGAAAAAGUAGCAGCACUUUAUGAUCUUGAAUAUUAUGUUCACCAGGUGGACAAUGCCAAGGAUUUCCUGUCCCUGGGUGGGCUCCAGCUGGUGAUCGAGGGGCUGAACAGCAGCGAGGCCUCGCUGAAGGAACACGCUGCCUUUGUCCUGGGAGCUGCUCUGUCCAGCAACCCCAAAGUGCAGAUUGAAGCCAUCGAGGGGGGUGCCCUGCAGAAGCUCCUGGUUAUCCUGGCCACAGAACAACCCCUGGCUGUCAGGAAGAAGGCUCUCUUUGCUCUGUCCUCCAUGCUGAGGCACUUCCCCUAUGCCCAGCAGCAGUUCCUCAAGCUGGGUGGGCUCCAGGUGCUGAGGAGUCUCUUCCGGCAGAAGGGGAUGGAGCCGCUCCAAGUCCGUGUGGUGACGCUGCUCUACGACCUCAUCAUGGAGAAGAUGCUGCUGGAGGACUCCCAGCACGGCGAGCAGAUGGAGGAGAAGAUGCAGCAGUACCAGCAGGUCAGGCUGGUGCCGGCGGUGGUGGAGCAGGGCUGGUGCGCCCUGGUGCCCAACCUGCUGGCCAUGCCCGAGCACGACACCCGGGAGAAGGUGCUGAAGCUGGUGGGGGUGCUGGUGGCCUUCUGCAGGGAGCACUACCGCGGGGACAGCGCCCUGGGCACCGCCCUCAGCCUCCUGCGCAGCGAGUACGAGGAGCUGGCGGCCGAGGAGCAGAGGGAGGGCGACAAGGACGGCUACUUCAGGGAGCUGCUGGCCUCUGUAAACACCAUCAUCCAGGAGCUGAGGUGAAGCCCUGGCUGCAGUCCAAUUCCAGGGAAGUCAAGGUGACAGCAAGUUUGGAUGGCACCGGUGUAGGUGCCAACUUUGGAAUAAACUGCUGGACUAAACGAGA